AAAAUAUACUAGAUCAAACGAUAGAUACGGCUGGCAACGGCCUGCAGCUUGCCAAGGGGGUAGGAAAAUUAGUUUUAGUAAUACCUAGAUAAUUGAGAAAAAAAUGGCGAGGUCUAGGUUUAGAGUGCAAGACGACGGGACGUGGGACAGCGGCAACUCCAGACGACGGGACGUGGGACAGCGGCAACUCCAGACGACGGGACGUGGGACAGCGGCAACUCCAGACGACGGCAAAGGCAGCAUCGGAGGACUGGGGAGUUUGGGAAUUGGAAUCAGGGACAGUCAUUCUUCUUCUAUAAUUUCCCAGACAAUUGGGACGCAAAGGCUUUGUGGCAUCGGUUUCAAGAGUGUGGAAGGGUCGGAGAAAGCUGAUCCCGUGGACAGGGCGUCCAUCGCUCCAGGGAAGCCUUUGGGGCUUAAGGAUGCUAGAUCCGGUGAAAAGGUAGGUGGAGCUAUGGAUGGAGAAACGAAGGAGAGUAUCAUUGACUUCUCCCCAUCCAAAGAGGAGAACGUGUGGCUAGAAUGGGGUGUUGUAGCGGUUGUGAGAUCGAUGUCAAUGAUAUCCAAUAUACAAGAGAGAGUAGACAUCGAUGGAGGUUUGAUUAAUCUAUCUCCAUUAGGAGGGCGGAGUGUAUUGUUGACUGAAUGUGUGGAAGGUUACUUGAGUGAGUAUAUACAGCAUAACAAGGAAUCAUUUGAUCUUUGGUGUGAGAUUAUCUAUCCUUGGGCUUUGGCUCCUCUGAAUGGUGGUAGAAUGGUCUGGUUGAGAAUUUCUGGUGUUCCAUUAAAAGCAUGGUGUGACAGAUGCUUUGAGUGGAUAGCAACAUCGGUGGGGGAAGUGAUAAUGCUUCAUGCAGAUACCAAAUCAAAAUCUAUAUUGUGUGAUGGAAGAGUUUUAAUUUUAUGUGCUGAAAAGCAUAAAAUCGCAAAGACCAUGAAGCUGAAGGUGGAGGAGAAGCUGUAUGAGAUAAUGGUGGCGGAGGAAGAGUGGCGAGCCGAUCCGGACUGGUGGUUGGAGGACGAUGAUCGAAACCAUGAGACAUCAUCGGGAUCGAAAUAUUCCUCGUCGGAACAGGGAGAGGAGGAGCCAGAAUUGAUGGCCUCCGUGAUUCGUGGCGAUGAUGAAGCAGCUAUUGAGGAUGAGUUAAUAGUGGAGGAGAAUGGGCCUGCUUCGGAAUCGGGCUUGAGGCUGGACUCCAUUUAUGGGCCGAAAGAAGGGACUGGGCUAGAUUUGCGUGCAAGCAAAACGCAGGUAUCAAGCGGAUUGGGGUCUACUACAGUUUCGGGUAAAGCAGGGGAUCAGCAAGGUGCAUCUGGUGGGGAAUUGAAUAAUAAUUUGCAUUCGGGUAUUAGGGAUUCGAGAGAGAGGAAGAAAACAAAUAUCAAAGAUUGCUACCCUCAAGUGCAGGCAAUCAAUUUUGCAACGGGCUCCCAGUGGCUUUCAGGAAGAUCAACGCUAAGAUCACACAAAACACACAAAGCACAGCACUUGUCGGCGACGCAGGAGCAGGGUGUUGGCUGUUCUUCGCUGUCGGAUGGGUGUAUUGCCAACCGAAAUCAGGUGAUCCAAAGAGAGCUGAAUCUACAAGAGGUAAGGAGGAUAUUUAGUGUAGGGAAAAGAUUGGGUAUUCAGUGGCAAGAUAAUGAAGAGGAGGUUCAGUCGAGGUUGCUAGAUUUGGAGGUUCGGGAGUGUGGGCAGGGGAAGGGGGUCUUCUCGGGCAAUGGGUUCUUGCGGAUUAGAGGAGAAUGGGGACCUAAGAAGUUGAAGUGCCAUUUUGUGAAUGUUUAUGCCUCAAAUGACAAGCAGAAGAAAAUGAUAAUGUGGAAUGAUCUUCGGCAAAUGUUAAUGGAAGAGGAAGGGAAAUGGAUGAUUACAGGGGACUUUAAUGCAGUUAGGAGUCCCAACGAGAGGAAGGGUAAGACAGGGGAGACGCAGGAUAUAAGGGAGUUUGAUGAUUUUGUUGUGUCAACUGGGUUGCACCCGCAAUUCAAGAAGGUGAUUGAAGAUAAAUGGAAGGAGCUCGAGGAGGAAGGGUACGCAGGAUAUAGAUGUAAACAAAAGCUUAAGAGGUUGAAGGAUUUUUUAAAAGGAUGGAAUAAGGAAGUAUUCAGAAACAUGGAAACACAUUUUCAACAUUUGGUCAAAAGUGUAGAACAGAUUGAUUUGAAGAAUGAAGUGAUGGAUUUGGCAGAGGAUGAGGUGGAUCUAAGAAAAGAAGGCUUCCAGCAGUUAUGGGAUAUUAUGUGGAAAAGGGAGGCUAUUUUGAAGCAAAAAUCUAGAAGUGAUUGGGUUAAACUGGGGGAUCAGAACACGAGAUAUUUUCACAAAAUAGCAAAUGGGAGAAAGGUACAAAAUAGUAUCUCGGGAUUAUGGUCUAACGGACAAUGGGUAGAGGAUCCGGAGAUGGUUAAGGAUGAGAUGAAGGAGUGGCUUGAAAGGCCUUUUACUAAGGAGGAGAUUGAAGAAGGCUUGAAGAGUUGUGAAGGAAGUAAAGCUCCGGGACCUGACGGGGUAUCGGUAUUGGUAAAUGGUAGUCCAACCAAGGAGUUUGAAAUGGGAAAAGGGCUCAGGCAAGGAGAUCCUUUGUCUCCUUUUUUAUUUUUGAUGGUUGGAGAGGCAUUGCAUGGACUGGUUAAAAAAGCAGAAAAUGAAGGCAUGCUACAAGGGGAGCAAGGAGGAUUAGGGGUCUCGGAUCUGCGUUGGAGAAAUUGGGCACUAUUAGGGAAAUGGUGGUAUAGGUUAGGGGAUGGAAGGGAGGGGUUGUGGAAAAGGGUAGUGAAAGAGAAAUUUUACGAGGGUAAGCAAGAGGUGGGUAUUAUAGAUGUGGUGAAUUUAAGGGUGUCGCAGAUUUGGGGAGACAUUAUUAGAAUAGGUGGGAAAUCAGAAAAGAUAAAAAAUAUGUUAAGGCAUGGGUUUUGGUGGGAGGUGGGGGAGGGAUGUCAGGUAUGCUUUUGGAGAGAUAUUUGGGUGGGGAAUAAAUCUCUACGUGAUUUAUUUCCAAGGCUUUUUCAAUUAGCUAUCAACAAGGAAGGUUCGGUAAAGGAGAAUGGUACAUGGGAAGGGGAAAGGUGGAAAUGGGGCAUAGAGUGGAGGAGAGAGAGGAUGGGUCGCGAAAAAGAUGAGGAGAAAGGGUUGGGGGUGAUGUUGGUGGGUAUAAAGUUAAGGAAGGGAGUGGCAAAUUUAUGGCAGUGGAGGUAUGAUGUAGAAGGGAGGUAUGUAGUAAAGACAGCAUAUGAAUUUUUAGCUCCUGAGGACCGCUUACUGGAGGGACAAUUAUGCAAAGUUAUAUGGUGUAAGAUGGUGCCUUCAAAAGUGGGGUUUUUUGGGUGGAGGUUGUGUUUAGAUAGACUUCCCACAAGAUGGAAUUUGCAGAAGAGAGGGGUGGUUUUACAAGGGGAUGGUAUGGUGUGUGGGCUUUGCAAAGAGGGUGUGGAGGAUGUUAAUCAUUUGUUUUGCACAUGUAAAGUAGCUUGGUUAGUAUGGGUGAAGGUGUUUAAGUGGUGGGGUGUGGAAGUAGUAAUGCUAGAUACAAUGAGGGGUAUGGUGGAUUUAUUCCUGUGGUGUGUGGGUAGUGUUGGGGGUAAGGAGUUGGGAGCAUGCCUUUUUUUGGUCACUUCUUGGUAUUUAUGGUUCUGGAGGAAUAUUUUGGUAUUUAGGAGCAAUGGGGAACUUAAAGAGCAAUUGCUGGAGUUAAUUAAAGUUAAGUCUUAUUUCUGGAUUAGAAAUAAGGUAAAUGGGUGUGUUUUCCCAUUAGCUCAGUGGCAAAGUAAUCCUAGGGAAUGUGCAAAGGAGUUGAAGAGUUACAAGAGAUCUCUCAAAUUGUUCACUAAGCAACAGCCACAUCAUCUUCCCAAUUAACGUGCAUUGGCUGUAUGGACCCCUAUACGGAAGGAUGUUCACGGGAGUGACAAACUGGAAGAUUGUUUUUCUUUAGUUGAUUUCUUAGGUUGUCAGCCUGUUUUGUGCGGGAGUUCCUUUUCUGAUUUUGAUGGGAGAAUAAGCUUUUUCACUCUCUAUAGAAGGGCAGGAGCACCCCUUGUGCUCCAUUUAAUAAAAUUUUGUUUUGCUG